UAAUUGCGGGAAAACAAGCCCCCUUUCCCAUACAGUGUUGUUGCGGGACGGAAGUAUGACAAUAAUGUGACGGCAGUGCUUUGUUUUUUUUCUUUAUUGGUAACGAAUACUGUGAUAAACCGCGACGAAAGGUGCUUUUAGCAAUGGAGUACGGAAAGGAGCGGGUGGUGGCGUUAGUGGACAUGGACUGUUUCUACGUGCAAGUGGAGCAGAGAUUGAAUGCAGCCCUGAAGAAUACUCCCUGUGUGGUGGCUCAGUACAAGACCUGGAAAGGAGGAGGCAUCAUAGCCGUGAGCUACGAGGCCAGGGCCCACGGGGUCACCAGGAACAUGUGGGUGGAUGACGCCAAGAAGCUGUGCCCGGAUCUCCAGGUGGCCAGGGUGCGCGAGUCUCACGGCAAGGCGGACCUGACCCACUACAGGGAGGCUAGCGUGGAGGUGAUCCGGGUCAUGUCUGGCUUUGCCGUGAUUGAGCGGGCCAGUAUCGACGAGGCCUACAUGGACUUGACUGCGGCGGUCCAGCAGCGGAUUAAGGAGAUGGCAGACAAGCAAAUAGAGGCUGAUCUUCUGAGGACCACUUACAUCGAGGGUUACCCCCCCAGUUUACCUCCAGGACAGGAAGCGGCUGUUUUGGAUAAAGAGCAGCAGAGAUCCACGGGUGUCCAUCAGUGGUUGGCGUCCUUGCCCGAGCACGGCUCUGCAGAGCUCCAGCUGACCGUGGGGGCCCUCAUCGUGGAGGAAAUGAGAGCUGCUGUGGAGCGAGACACGAGCUUCCGCUGCUCGGCUGGCAUCUCCCACAACAAAGUGCUAGCUAAGCUAGCGUGCGGCUUGAACAAACCCAACCGCCAGACGAUACUGCCGCUGGCUUCGGUGCCAGAGCUUUUCCGCACCCUGCCCAUCGGCAAGAUACGCAACCUGGGGGGGAAGCUGGGGGCGUCCAUUACGGAAACGCUGCAAGCAGAGAUGAUGGGGGAUCUGACCCGCUUCUCUCAGGCCCAACUGGGGCAGCACUUUGGAGAGAAAACGGGCCAGUGGCUGUACGAUCUUUGUCGGGGGGUGGAGUUUGAGGCGGUGAAACCGAGGCAGCUCCCCAAGUCCAUUGGCUGCAGCAAGAACUUCCCUGGGAAAACAUCGCUAGCCACCAAAGAGCAGGUCCGGCAUUGGCUCCAUCAGCUGGCCCUGGAGCUGGAGGAGCGGCUCACCAAGGACAGAGAAGCGAACGGCAGAGUAGCCAAGUUGCUCACGGUGGGGGUCCGUCAGCUGGGCGACAAGAGACCCAGCUCCUUCUCCCGUUGCUGCGCUUUGGUUCGCUACGACGCCGCCAAGAUCUCCGGCGACAGCUUCGCCAUCAUCAAGAGCCUCAACACGGCAGGAAACCAGCAGGCCGCGUGGACACCCCCCCUCACCCUGCUGCAUCUCUCCGCCAGCAAGUUCAGUGACGCCCCUUCAGCAGCAGGGGGCGGUAUCACCGGCUUCCUCAGCUCCGAGGUCUCAUCCACUCAAAAGCCUUCCUGCAGCGUCCAGACCUCCACUCAAUCCACUCAGUCCACUCAAUCCACACACAAACAGCCCAGCACUAUCCAGUCUUUCUUCCUGAAGAAGACCAGACGGGAGAAGGAAGGAGAGGGAGAGACUCCAUCGACGGCCCCGUCCUCGUCCGCUCGCACGGCGUCUUCUCAUCCUCGCUCUGACAUUGCCUCUUUCUUCCACAAGAAACACACGGAGAGAUGCUUGCAGGGGUCCAACACUGAUGCCCAGCCAGAGGUUCCACAGCAGUCCUCGUGUGAUGUUCCAGCAGAGGACAGCAGCAAGGACCUGCUGAAAUGUCAACUAUGCGGUCAGGAGGUGCCUGUGUGGGACAUGCCCGAACACGACGACUAUCACUUUGCCUUGGACUUGCACAACUCCUUCUCUUCUCCUUCAUCCUCUCCAGCACAGUCCUCCCGGGGGAAAACACAACCCAGAGGCUCGGCAGGACCUCUUCCCAAAAGACAGCGCUCGCACGGUUCUACUGCUGGAACCCUGGAUGCUUUUUUCCAAAGAAACUGACUGUUUCAUGUACGAGUGCCCUUUUAAAAUGCCAAUAAAAAGUACUUCCUUUG